CGCAACUCACAGAAGCCCUGGAGCGGCAGAAACCCAAAGCAUCCAGGCUCCAAUCCACCUCCACGGAGAGUGGCCUCUGGAAAUAACUGUGGAAUACAACAGGCACAACCCUCGAUGGCUUUGGAAAGCCAGUCCACACUAGGAUCGGCUUUAAGCAUGAACAGUGUCUGCUGAGACCUGGAGCCAGCGAGGCAUGCUGGGAUGUUCUGCAAGGACUUCCCAAGACAGCUUUGGAGCCACGGAUGAAGCACAAUCCUAACACUUGAAGUGGCAAACUCCACUGCUCCAGAAGCCGCCGGGUCACAUAAGUGAGAGUUGGAUUUUCCAGAUGACAUUUGGAGGCUGAAUUCCGGCCCGAUUAGGACAUAGAGCGAGGGAGUCUUCUCUGGUCACCAGGGGACAAGACACCUGACACCUGCAUUAUUCAAAGUCGCUGUUCAAGGUGUGUCCUGCGGGCUUUUAAAGUCAGCAUCACUACUAAAUCCCCAGAGAAGAGCCAGCAAGGACGAUGGACGGAGGCUGGCUUCCCGGGGAAGGAGUCCUCCUCUUCCUCAUUCUCCACCUGCCCCUUCAAGGACGAGGCAACACUUUCACCAUUAACUGCUCCGGCUUCGACCAGCACGGGGUGGACCCCGCAGCCUUCCAGCCGGUGUUCGACAGGAAGGCCUUCCGUCCUGUCCUCAACCACAGCAUCCCCACGGUGGUCAACAUCUCCUUCACCCUCUCCGCCAUCCUGGAAGUGGAUGCCCAGCUUCAACUGAUGACGUCAUUCCUGUGGCUAAACAUGAUCUGGGACAAUCCAUUCAUCAGGUGGAAGCCAGAGGACUGCGGGGGCAUCAGGAAGCUCAGCCUGGCAACGGAGAACCUCUGGCUGCCGGACAUCUUCAUCGAGGAGUUCAUGGAUAUAGAUCAAACCCCGAGAGACCUCCUGGCUUACGUCAACAGUGACGGUCGCAUCAAGUAUGACAAGCCAAUGCGGGUUACCAGCAUUUGUAACCUGGACAUCUUCUACUUCCCCUUUGAUGAGCAGAACUGCACCCUCACCUUCAGCUCCUUCAUCUACACGGUGGACCACAUGGUCCUGGGCUUGGAGAAAGAAGUGUUGGAGAUUUCCAGAACAUCCCAGAACCUCAUCCGGAGCAAGGGAGCCUGGGUACUUCUUAACAUCCACCAAAGAGCCGAGAAGAUGAACGUGGGCAACCACCAGUACGACCAAAUCGUUUUCUAUGUGGCCAUCAGGCGCAGGCCUAGCCUCUAUGUCCUCAACCUUCUGGUGCCCAGUGGCUUUCUGGUGGCCAUCGACGCCCUCAGCUUCUACCUGCCGGCUGAGAACGAGAACCGGGCGCCCUUCAAGAUUACCCUCCUGCUGGGUUACAACGUCUUCCUGCUCAUGAUGAACGACUUACUGCCAGACACUGGCACCCCCCUCAUCAGUGUCUACUUCUCCCUGUGCCUGUCCCUGAUGGUGGUCAGCCUGCUGGAGACCAUCUUCAUCACCUACCUGCUGCACGUGGCCACCACCCAGCCACCACCCAUGCCUUCCUGGCUCCACUCUCUGCUCCUCUCCUGCACCAGCCCCUGGAAAGGCUGCCCCCCGGGACCCCAGAAAGGAAGCAAGAAUCUGGGCCUUCCUCCCUCACACCUGCCUGGUGUGAAGGAGCCCGUGGAGUUGGUGGGGAAGGAGGCUGGGCCCAGAGGGGCAGAGGAGAAUGGAGGUCCUGAAUCAGCCAACACCCAGCAGGAAGAUGAAGCUCGGAAGAGACAUCUGGUCGACCUGUGGGUGCUAUUCAGCCACAUGAUGGACACUCUGCUCUUCCGCCUCUACCUGCUCUUCAUGAUCACCUCUGUCAUCACAGUCAUCAUCCUCUGGACCACCUAGGCAGAUGCCAUUUGAAAGCCCCAGUCUGGAGCCCCUCUUGUCUGUAGAAACCCACCACACUCUUCAUCCUAUCCAAAUCUCAACCUCAUUGCUCUGGCAGCCAUCUAGUUUCCAAGUGAGUCCGGGUGCUUUUCGGUCCCUCCUAGUCAGAUGCCUGCUCCUUGCCUGACCUCAGCUCCCACCACUCUCCCCAAAGCCCUACCUGCCCAGCUCCCUUGAUUGAA